AUGUCCGAGGACCAAACUCUGAAGAAAGCUCGGGAAGGGACGAAAAGUUGCACCGAAUGCCGACGUCGGAAGGUACGAUGUAUUCGAGUGCCCGAAAAUGCUCAAGCUUGUAGGAGAUGUGAAGAACGAGCCUCGGAAUGUGUUGCGCAGCGAUACAGUGCCCAGCCGGUCCACUCCCACAAGUUAUCUUCAAGAGAUCGCAUAGCCAAACUGGAAAUGAAGGUUGCGAGCCUAAGCAAGACUAUCUGUGAUAUCGAAAUGAAGCUCGGAAAUGUCCCAGUGCGAGUAUCUGAGGAGAUUCCGACUCUAGCGGAAUCAAGUCCUGAAACCUAUGAAUCUGAUGGAGAAUCCACUUUGUCGGAUGUGCUCGCCUUGGAACCACCAUCACAUAUACAUUCGCUUUUCCAGAACGACUGGCUCAAUGUCGAUACCAAUCGGCAAGAUGACCAGCUGAACGAUCAUCAAACAAGGCCAACUGCGAUCCUAUUGAACAAGGCAAGACAUGCGCUACAAAAGGCGAUUCCGCUGAAGUACGAGGUGUCGCAAAUCACGGGUUCGGGGUCAAUAUGGCUCGAUUUCUUUCAUAAUCUGUUUCCACAGCCAUUUGCGCUCAAAUCUGCGCAGGAAAUCCUUGAUUGCUACGAGGAGAUGUGCAAACCCGACAUAGAUGCUAUAAGUUUAGCUACGUGGCUGAUGACUAUUGCUAUCACAGCCCACCAAGUGCCUCCACGAUGUGGCAAUCAAUCCGCCUCGCCCGACCGUUUCCAGAGCUACUCCAAGUUUUCUCAAAAAGUCUCUGAAAUCGUCGAAAGUACACUUAUUUCUCAUGAUAGCGUGGUUAGUACCGUCAAUGGCCUUGGAAUGGCGAUCAAUUUUGUUCGACUACAAAUGAGCCGCGGCAACCUACAAAAAGCUUGGCUUCGACUACGCCAUUUCAUUUCCAUUGCAGAACUUAUGGGGUUGCCCAAUGCAUGCCAAGCUGUCCAGUCUAGCCAAUGUGAUGGGCCAGACUUUGACACACAACACCAAAUGGCUCAGCUGUGGGAGCUCUUUUGUUCUAUCGACGGUCUAUCUGGCAUAGUUUUGAACAUGCCCCCAUGUAUCAAUCCAUGUCAAAGGCCCAAACCUCCACCGCUAACCGUUGAUGGAGUUGUUCAACCUCGAGCAUACAUCAGCAGGUUGAUAGCAAUCACCACCAAGAUUCACUAUCGACAGGAUUUAACAGUGACACGAGCAUCGGCCGCCGAGCUCUACGCCUCUGCUUUGGACCGCGACAGGGAGCUUAAAGUGCUAGUAUCACAAACGCCGAAAUCAUGGUGGGUCGGGGCCAGCAAGAAUGUCGUGCCUGACCAUAUAGUUCAAUUCUUCCACUACUGUAUUAGUAUGCGAGUUCAUCUCCCUUUUGGGACACGAGAAGAUCCGGAUAAAGAAUAUGCCUACAGCUGCUUAACCUGUAGAGACGAUUGCGAAUCGGUAAUCCAGCUUUAUAUAUUCCUUCGGCGAGAGCUUCCAGGCGGCAUUUUCAUAGCCCAGCGCUUAGAUCUGCAAGCUUUCAUUGCUACAGUCAUUCUCCUUCUUGUAACCCAUGUCUCUCCUUCAACAAAUCUACAACAUUCGCCGAUCAAUCAGGACAACAUCGACAGCCAAGUUACACAAGUCAUCGAACUCAUGGACGCGCGGUCGAAAAAUACAAUGGGCUUCCAAUUCGCCCGGCGUUGUAUCAGAUCAAUCCGCUCACUAAAGGAACUGCUUCAAGAUAACGAUAAGUCUAGAGUAAAGGAGCUGACUCUGAAGGUGCCACUACUAGGUAAAGUGUAUGUUCGGCGUAAUACUUCUAGCUUGCCAACGCAAGAUACCCAGACCCAACCGCCACUAGCGACUUCGAUGGAUCCAAAUGUAGGGAGUCAGGACGAUCAGCUGUUAACCAGUCAAGAGGAUGGGUUUGCGCCUUUCAAUGCUGACGAUCCCGUGGCCUCCGAUUUCCAGUGGCAAGCGAUGGAAGAACUACCAUGGGAACUUCUCACCCGGCAAAUCGAGGAUCAGUAUGGGGGCUUGUUCCAGGACGCCUUUAUGACAGACGGUGCUGGUUAG